AUGCCAGUACAAAGACAAGAUAUUAUGUCAUCAUUACAUUCUUGUAACGAGUCUGUAACUGAAAGCAUUAUAUGUGCAUUCCCAAAAAUUAUUAAUUUUGUCCCGAAAACAUCUCCCAAAAUCUAUUGGAAACCCAGUACUAGAAAUAACUGCCUCUUUUUACCAACAAGGGUUCUGAUAGAUCCUUGUCUGGUACGUCAGGUACAUCUGGAAUUAAUAUGGGCACAUCUAGAUGAACAGUUUGGUGUCGAAGCUGUUUAUGUCAUGGGUAACUGGUCUGCUCCUAAUACAAGAUUUCAUGAGCCGAUCGGGGGCCUUGAACAAGUCAGUGCUAUCCAGCCUGUGAAUGUAGAAGUCUUGAAAAGUUUCGGAUGGUUGAUAACCCGCGCCCUCAUAGACGAAGAGCAAAUCCUCGUAGCCAUAAAUAGUAACACAAACAGAAUUGUUCUUCUUCUAUGUAAUCGUGAUAUGGUUGCUUGUCUGAACAUGGUUGAUAUUGUUCGUUCACUUCGUGCUGGGACCGACAUUCUCCCCCAAGAUUUUGAUGUGGAUGGGCUCCCCAGGACCAACGGAGAAGAGCAAGGACUCAAAAUAAUCAAGCAAACAUUAGAAAUAUUCGUCAAAGUCGUAACUAGAAUUUUCCAGGCCUGUUAUCGCAGGUCAACCAUAGAUACACUUAAGUGA